CUAAAGCAUUUGAAGCUGCACGCGCUCUCGAGAUCCUUGCCAUCCUGACAACCACGGCGGCAAUAAUUGUCGUCUGCUUGAAGAUAUUUUUCAAGAAGGAGAAUAACCGUCUGUUGUACAUAGCCGCACCCAUUCCUUUUUUUGCAGGCUUGUUCGUGAUAAUCGGUGCCAUUGUGUUUGUUGUCGACAACGAGGUAAAGAAAAUGGUGGAAUCGGCGAACCCCUUGGUCCAUUUCAAACCUCAUGCAUCGUUUGGUUUGAGUAUUGUUGCUGGUAUACUCAAUAUUGUGGCUUCACCGAUGCUGAUCUUGGCUGCCAGAGCUAUUCCUGGCCUUACAUAAAAAUCAACGAAUAUU